AUGUCUGAUAAUAAGACUUGUAACAACAAUGAAUUUUAUUGUUCAAACGGUAUUUGUAUAACUAGUACAAAACGUUGUGAUGGAAACAAAGACUGUGAUGACGGUACGGAUGAAGUUAAUUGUGAUUUUGUAAAAUGCUUGAGCCCCGAAUAUUUCAAAUGUUCCAAUAAUAAAUGCAUUUCCAUCGAUUUUGUAUGCGAUAAAGUAAAUGAUUGCUUAGAUUGGUCAGACGAAAGUCAUUGUCACGCUAAAUCUCUAAUGAGACCAUGUACAGGAGGAGAGUUUCAAUGUGCCGAUGGUACUUGUAUACCAAAUUAUUGGCAUUGCGAUAAAUCAGUUGACUGUGACGAUGGUAGUGAUGAAGACGUCGAAAAAUGCAGAAAAAAGACGUCGUGUAUCAAUGGCUAUUUAUGUUUAAAUUUACACUGUGUUUCAAAAAUGUGGAGAUGCGAUGGAAAAGAUGAUUGCGGAGAUGGCUCAGAUGAAACUCAUUGCGAUUUUCCUUUGGUUGAUCCUGAACAAUGUAUGAUUGAAGAUCGUAAAUUUUUAUGUCAUGACCAUAAAAAGUGUAUCGGUGUUGAACAUGUUUGUAAUAAUAAUAUAGAUUGUUUAGAUGCAUCAGAUGAAGGCGGCCUUUGUAAUAAUAUAACAGGUCACGAAAAAGAAUGCAAUGCAAUUAAUUGUUCUAUUAUACAUGAGUGCUUAAGAAAACCACAUGGCGUAAUGUGUGUAUGUCCUAAAGGAAAACAUUCUGAAAAUAAUACAUGUCUUGAUAUUAAUAAAUGUGAAGUAUAUGGCAUUUGUGAUCAACAUUGCCUUAAUUUGUUGGAUGGUAAAUAUGCGUGUUCUUGUGAUCCAGAUUACGAAUUGAUAGAUAACCAUAGAUGUAAAAUUAAAGGCGACGAUCCAAUUUUAGCAUAUUCAUCAUUACGACAAAUAAAAACUUUUAACUUAAUGACACAAAAUAGUCAUAUUUUAGUUGAUCAUUUACAACAGGCAACUGGAUUAGCUGUAGACGAAUUAAAUAUGUACUGGACAAUAAUUUAUGAAGGGAUUCAGGGUAUUGUCAAAGCAAAUAAAAAUGAUUCUACUUCACCUGAAAUUAUUGUGACAUCGGGUCUUGGCACACCUGAGAAUCUUGCUAUAGAUAGUAUUACUCAUAAUCUAUACUUCACUGAUGCUAAAAUGAAGCAUAUUGGAGUGUGUGAUAAUAAUGGCUUAGUUUGUACAGUUAUUCGUAAUAAGAAUAUUAAUAAACCUAGGGCAAUAGCUGUUUCACCAAUGGAUGGUUACAUGUAUUGGACUGACUGGGGUGAAAGUCCAAAGAUUGCUCGAUCUGGUAUGGAUGGGUCCUUGUCACAAGCGUUUAUUACCGAAAAUAUUCAUUGGCCAAAUGGUGUUCAUGUUGAUUAUUAUGGAAAACGUAUUUACUGGGUGGAUGCAAAGAUAAAAAUAAUUGAAUCAGUUAAAUUUGAUGCAAGUGAUCGAAGGGAAAUUUUAAAGCAGUCAGUGGAUCAUCCAUUUUCAGUUACUAUUUUCGAGGAUAAAUUAUACUGGAGUGAUUGGUCGGGUAAAGAAAUAAAAGUGUGUAAUAAAUUUACAGGUAAAAGUCAAAAGUCAUUGGUUCGUGAACGUAAGAAUAGAAUAUAUGGCAUGCAAAUAUUCCAUCCUUCACUGUUUAAAUCUCAGAAAUUAAAUCCUUGCAAAAAUGCUAAAUGUAGUCACUUAUGCUUAAUAUCUCCGAAGAAAAAUGAAUAUUCUAAUGGAUAUACUUGUGCUUGUCCUGAUAAUAAGCAAUUGUCAUCAGAAGGAUUGUUUUGCUAUGACACAGCUGUGUCUUAUACCCUCAUUGUAGGAACACCAAGAAGUAUUUUAGAGCUUGAACUAGAACAUUUAGGCCACCAAAAAGUUAAAGAAAUACCAUUAAAAAAUAAAAUAUCUAAAAUAUCAGCUAUUGCUUAUAAUUCAUUAUCUGGUUCCAUUAUCAUCUACGAUUCAAAAUCUAAAAAACUAUUUGUGUAUGAUUUAGUUGGAAUGAAAUUAUUAGAUUUACUUAUACCAGAAAUUGGUUCUUUGUAUUCCUUAAAAUUUGACAAUCAUGGUAAUAACCUUUACUGGUGUGAUUGGUAUAGAAAAACAAUAGAAGUUGUGAGCCUAUCAACAAAUAUACAAAUCACUAUUUUGAAUGAAGUUGAAGGGCAUAUACCAAUUGCACUAGCAUUAGUUCCAGAUAAAGGCUAUAUGUUUGUUGCUAUGAAAGAUAAUUCUCGAAUACAUAUCGAUAGAAUUGAUAUGGAUGGAAAUAUUAAGUCUCUUAUUCAUGUAGUAGAAUUUGAAUUGAUAGAAGAUGAAAUUGUUUUAAAUUUUGAUAUGGUCUCUAGACGGUUAUAUUUUACUGACAAGAGAAACAAUGAAAUUAAUAGUGUUAAUGAAGAUGGACUAGACAGAAAGCUUAUAAAAACUUCAGGAUUUGUGAAAGAUAUAGUUUUAAUCAACAAUGAAAUAUUUUGGGUAAUCGAAGGUUCAAAUAUUUUAAAUUGGAUAGAUAAAAAUACUAAUGAGCGAUUUCAUAAAGAUAUGGACAAUUGGAACAGUGAUUCAACUUUAUAUUUAACAGUAGUUACUGGUAUUGAUAAACAUGUCCAACAUCCAUGUCUACAAAAUAAUGGAAAUUGUAGUCAUCUAUGUCUUUUAUCUAGAGAAAAAAAGGUUUGUAGUUGUCCAAUUGGUUUGGUAUUAUCAGUGAAUGGUCUUGAAUGCUUACCACUAAAACCGUGUAAAUCUGAUGAAUAUCGUUGUUUAACCGGUGAAUGUAUUUUAUCUCAAUUCCGAUGUGAUUCAAAAGAAGACUGUCCUCAUGGUGAUGAUGAAGAUUUACUUAAAUGUUUGCAUUAUAUACCAAACUUGUGUCCAAAAUCUCAAUUUUUAUGUCAUGAUAAAACUAAAUGUUUAGACAAAAACUUAUUAUGCAAUAAUGUUAAAAACUGUAAUGAUGGAUCUGAUGAAAAAGAAUGCGGCCCUAAGCAUAUUUGUAAUCCAGUUACAGAAUAUCAAUGUCCAACGGGGGAAUGUAUUCAAAUAAGUUUUCUAUGCGAUGGUAAUCUAGAUUGUACGGACGGUCAAGAUGAACUGAACUGUCAGAAUCAUACAUGUCAUCAUAUGGAAUUUAGAUGUAAAUCUGGAACUUGUAUCGCUGCUACUUGGGAAUGUGAUGGUGAAAUUGAUUGCAUUGAUGGUUCAGAUGAACAUAUUACUUGUAGUACAAAAAAAUGUAAAAUUGAUCAAUUUGCAUGCAGCAAUGGUCGAUGUAUAUCAAAUGAAUUUACCUGUAAUAGUGAAAAUGAUUGUGAUGAUAAUUCUGAUGAAUACGGUUGUAUUCUAAGUCAUGCAUACAUAUCAAAACCAAUUAAAAUAUGUAAUGAGGAAAAAGAAUUUGAAUGUGAGAAUAUAUAUGGUCAUUGUGUACCAAUUGAAGCUAGAUGUAAUAGUACAUCAGAAUGCAAACACUCUGAGGACGAAUUGAAUUGUGGAUGUCAAAAAUCUGAUUUUUUCGAAUGCAAUAAUAAACGUUGCGUUCCAAAAGAUUGGUUGUGCGAUAAAACUGAUGACUGUGGCGAUCAGUCAGACGAAAGUUCCGAGACAUGUAACAUGCAUUUUCAAAAUUCUUCGGUUUCAAUAUUGUCAGCACAUAAAUGUGACGGUUAUUUAUGUAAAAACGAAGAAUGCAUUCCUUUAGAUCAAGUUUGUAAUAAACAUAUGAAUUGCAAAGAUGGUUCUGAUGAAGGAGGUUUCUGUGGUUUAUCUUGUCAAUUUAUGAACUGUAGUCAUAUCUGUCAAGAAACACCAAAAGGUGGAAAAUGUAUUUGUUACCAUGGCUAUAAAGUAUCACAUGAUGGUAAAACCUGUGAAGAUAUCAAUGAAUGUGAAAACAAAAAUGUAUGUGCUCAAUAUUGUACAAAUUUGGAUGGUUCAUUUAGUUGUAAUUGUUUGAAUUCAGAUUAUAUGUUACGCUCAGAUAAAAGUUCUUGUAAAGCAUUAGGACCUCCAAUGGAAUUGGUUUAUUCAGAAAUUGAUAAAAUUAGAAGUACUUCUGGGGAUUUUAAAGAAUCUAAAUUGCUUUUUUCAAACCCAGGAGUCCAAAUAUCAAGUUUUGAUAUAGAUAUUAGGCGAAAUCUUAUAUAUUGGACAUCAGAAGAAGCAGGUACUCUUAUUUGUAUGGAUAUGCAACAAGAAAAUAAAGUAUACAUGAAAGAUCUGAUAAGUCCUAGUUUGGUUCGUAUUGAUUGGUUAACAGAAAAUAUUUACUUUAUAGAAAAUCAUUGUGAUAUUGUUGUUUGUAAUUUAAAUGCUAAACGAUGUGCUACAAUUUACAAUGCUAAUGUUCAUUCAAGAAUUAAGGCUUUUACCAUUGACCCUUUGUCUGGUAUGAUGUUUUGGGCGGAAAGUAUAUGGGUUAUAUGGAGUUCUCCUACAACAAUAAUAAGGCAAUCCGAUUGCAGUGGACACAAUGUGAAAACAAUAAUCAAUGAAGAUCUUCAUGAUGUUAUUGAUUUAACUGUAGAUCCCAUCAAACAUAUGGUCUAUUGGGUUGAUAUGGUUAAUUCAACUAUUGAAAGGGCUAAUUAUAAUGGAUCUAAUAGGAUAUUGUUGAUCUCUACAUAUCAUUUACCAAAGAAAAUAUCAUUGUAUGAAGAUAAACUGUUUUGGACCAAUGAUAUUACUGGGUAUCCUAUAUUUAAAUGUAAAGUAUUUGCUAUCAAAGAUGUUCAGUGUGAAUCAAUUCCUGUUCAAGUAUUUGCUCCAAUUGAUAUAUUCAUGAUCAGUCAACAGUCCAAACAAAUUAACGCAACAAAUGUUUGUCAUCACAUUCAUUGUGAUUUUAUUUGUACUUCUGGAUCAAAGGGACCCAUGUGUGUUUGUGAAGAUGGAUCACAAGUUGAACCGGGAGCUAUUUGUGAUGAUGCUGGUCACAGAAAAUUGCCAACAUUUAAAAUUAUGAAUAAAAAUAGUAAUAGGAUUUCACUGUUUGUUGCUUUUUUUAUAGUUAUAAUUCUGGGAUUGUCAUUGUUUUAUUAUUAUCUAUAUCACUACAAAAAGAAACCAUUAAAAACAUCACUUAGGUUUCAUUUUCAAAACCCAAUGUUCAACAAUAAAAAAAAAAUUAUUCAACCUGAACAACUUGAACCAGAAUGCCAUGCUUAUGAGAAUCCUUUUAAUGAAGAUGAGUUAAUAAAAGGUAAUGUUCCUUCAGCUCCUUAUGGAUCUUUUGUUAAUUAUAAUGAUGAAAGGUAUAUUUAUGAGAGUAACUCAAGAUCUCAACAUAUUUCAUUAUCAGUUUCAGAGCAUGAAGAAGAUCAAAGAAAAAAACUUAUUGUUUUAUAA